AUGGUUGGGAUUCCUUUCCGACCCGGUCCUCGAGCCUUUCCGAGACUCUCUGCUCGGCGGUGGCUGAGGGACUACGGGCCUGGGGGAUAUAUAUGAAAGGUAGAGAGUAGUCUCAUGAAAGUGAGUGUGAAGUGUUUCCCUCGUCAUAACAACUAUACCCCUAUACUUCGUUAGCGCACCCCAAUAUCGACAAGAUGUUCGUGAAGCCGCUUCGUCUUCUUAGCUGGGCUGCAGCUUUUAGCUCUGUAUCAGCCUCUAUCUCGUCAUCAGAUGUACGAGUUGACGUGCGAGACGCACCAGGGUCUUCAUCUGUGGAUACCAUUCGUGCCCUUCGACGGUCUCUCAUAGAACUAAAACUUCGUGGGAAAGAUACGGUCCUUAAGAACAGUACAGAUUUAAGCAAAAGUUGGAAUGGUGCAACUCUUCUUAGCAUCCCUUAUGAGCACGACGCGAAGAACAAUGUCACGAUAAGCGCGGGGGUAGAUAUAACAUGUACAACAUGUUAUGUCAAGGGAAAAGCGACGGCAGAAUUCAGCAUUGAAAGUGACUACAAUGUUACGCAGAUGUUAGGAAACUUCACGAGCGAAGUGGGAGAUGAGAUUUUAAACACAACCAACCAAGUCAUCGACUACAUCGAAGAUUACUUCCCAACCGUUUUCCACAACUUCCAAGACGGCAUAGACCUAGACGAUUUUGACUUCCCUCCGAUCAACAUAUCCUUCAACGUUGACAUCCCGGAUAUACCCGAGUGCCGCCUCCAGUUCAAGUUCGACGAUCUGGAGCUGUAUAUGCUCGUCGAUACCGUGCUAACGGCUGGCGCAACUUACAACUUGAACCUUUUCACGUCAAAUACCCCCAUCGGAAUCUCUGCAAGCAACGACUUAUUCAUAGGCGUGGUUUUCACUGUCGACCUGAUCCUGAGCGUAGACACGGAGAUUGACAUCAGCAGCGGAAUCCACAUCAAGUCAGAUGAUGGUAUUGGGCUUGACAUGGCCUUGUUUGGGCAGAAUGUCUCGAGCAUUACCUUCAACGGAGCCGAUUUCGAGUUUCUCCCAGUUACGGUCGAAAGUGCGGGAGGUCUUCUCAAGGCUGUCCUCCGCCUUGGAGUGAAGGCAGGAUUUGAGCUCUCGACUCCUUCUGUGGCCAUCCCUAGCUUCUCGUUUUCGACGAAGGCGAGCGCCGGCGUAGGUGUUAGCGUAUGGGCGGACGUCGCCGAAUUCGCAACAAACAUCACGGCAGUCACUGAUGACGAUGGAGACUGUCUCCUAAAGGUUGAGCAAACGUACCAGUUUGGCCUUGGUGCUGCUGCCGGGGCUACGCUUGCCAUUGGGCAAGAAACGUGGGGGCCAGCUCCUAGCACAAGCAUACCCAUCUUCACAACGACCAUAGCCGAUAUCUGCGCCAUCCAGCGCCGCACUCAAAUUACCACUGCUUCUACCCCCGCCAUCAGCGCUAGAGCGGGCGAUGAGCUAGAAACCACCACGCUUACCAAGAAGGUUACGUAUAGUGGCGUUGGCUGCCUCACUACGGGCUUGGUCAACUGUCCGCCAGCUUUGCAGACGACCACGAAAGUGACGAGUACCUUGACGCACGUCACCGCGGUACCUGCCAAUUCUAAGGCUACGUUCCCCGAGACUACGGGCACUACUGUCGCCAACCCCGUCCCCUUCGGCACCAACAGGAAGAAUGUCGAAGCCACGACCGGGUCUCCUGUGUCUUACACGGAGCCUCCCAAACCGACGUCGUCCUCGUCGUCGACGUCCGGGGGAAAGACUGCGGUCGCUAACGACCUCCCGCUCGGCGAGUCGCACGGCGUCGAUAACAGGAUCAUCAUCGGAGUUUGCGUCGGAGUCGGCGUACCCCUGAUUGCGGGCAUCAUUGCUGGUAUCUACUUCUGCCAGAGAAAGAAGAAGUAUACCGCAGUGGCUGGGACAGAUACGACUCACCUUGCCGCACCUGAGCCUUACAAGGGGGUUGCGUAUUAAGGGGAAGUAUAUCAACGAUAUGAAAAGGUAGAAAUGGGUUGGUACUAUGUAUUUAAUGAUAUCCCGUAAAGUUUCAUGGGUAUAGUAUGGGCGUUCGGGGCUACUUUAAAGUAUGACGAAGUAUUUCUAGGUAUUUCCGAGGUUGGGACAGGGUUGGUUUCAAGGUCCUAUAUGGGCAUAAGGGCGAGUUCAUGAUACCUUGGAUAUCCUAGCCAGGCACCGGGAUUAUUUUGACUUUGUGCGGAACUGUCGCUGUGCUCCUGACUAUAAAGGUGGCCUGGCGUAAAAGUUAGUUCAAAAUCAACGUUGUUACAGUCAGGAACCUACCUAACCUAGGCUGGAAGAUUUGAGUGAGACUGCUACUUUAUGCACUUACGGUGCGGUAGGAUCAAUAUU